CUAUUCCUUUUUUACUGACAAGAACUCUUAUUGAUUGCCAACGGGGCACGCGGGUGGCUCAGUCAGUUAAGCAUCCCACUUCGGCUCAGGUCAUGAUGUCACGGUUCAUGGGUUCAGGCCCCACAUCAGGCUCUGCAGUGACAUAGGGGAGCCUGCUUGGGAUUCUCUCCCUCUUUCUCUCUGUCCCUCCCCUGCUCACGCUUUCUCUCUCUCUCUCAAGAUACAUAAGCUUUAAAAAAAAAAAGUUAAAAUAAAAACAAGGUAGAUUGCCUAGAUUGUUUCUCCAAGACUAUCUUUUAAAUCAUGAUUUCCUUCUCUGUGUUUUUGCCCUUGCAUUAAGUUUUCUAAUAUUUGAUCUUCCAAGGUGAAUCGCAGCUGUGACCGUUUGUUCAGUUGAGUUACCAAAGUCUGAGUUUGAAAAUCAUGUUUUGUUUUAAGUAGUAUACUUGCAUCUUUACCGUAGCGUUACUAUUUUUUUGGUUCACGUUAUUGCCUUCCUCUUCCUGCAGCUUGCCUGUGGAGCUCUUCUCGGAGACAGGGAGUUGGGGUCACUUAUCAUCUUACUCCUGGGGUCCUCACACUCAGGGACUCUGUUCUCCAAGCUUUUCCAGGAUGCACUAUAUUCGUUUCCUUGCCAGAAGGUUCUUCAGAAUUCACUUCCUGCUUUUGUUCUUCCUAACAUUUCCUUCUUUCCUUUAAGUUUACUUUAAUUCCACCACCUAGGCUUGGAGCUAUCCACUCCCCCUCAAUCACUGCCCUUCCCUUUUAGCCCAGGCCUUACCUAAUGCUCCCUUCUGAGCCAUAGAAGCAACAAGCGGUUUACAGACUGCAUAUUGAGAAAACUUCACUGAAGAUGUCUAAGCAACAACCAACUCAGUUUAUAAAUCCAGAAACUCCUGGCUACGUUGGAUUUGCAAACCUUCCCAAUCAAGUUCACCGAAAAUCAGUGAAAAAAGGUUUUGAGUUCACACUAAUGGUGGUCGGUGAAUCGGGUCUAGGAAAAUCGACUCUCAUAAACAGCCUGUUCCUGACCGAUCUCUACCCAGAAAGAAUCAUACCUGGAGCCGCAGAGAAAAUUGAAAGAACUGUCCAGAUCGAGGCUUCGACCGUGGAGAUUGAAGAGCGAGGGGUCAAGCUGCGCCUGACAGUGGUGGACACACCCGGCUACGGGGACGCCAUCAACUGCAGGGAUUGUUUUAAGACCAUCAUCGCCUACAUUGAUGAGCAGUUCGAACGGUACCUGCAUGACGAGAGCGGCUUGAACAGGCGGCACAUCGUGGACAACAGGGUGCACUGCUGCUUUUACUUCAUCUCCCCUUUCGGCCACGGACUGAAGCCCUUAGAUGUUGCAUUUAUGAAGGCGAUACACAACAAGGUGAACAUUGUGCCUGUCAUUGCCAAAGCCGACACCCUCACACUGAAGGAGCGGGAGCGCUUGAAGAAAAGGAUUCUGGAUGAAAUUGAGGAACAUAAUAUCAAAAUCUAUCACUUACCCGAUGCAGAAUCCGAUGAAGAUGAGGAUUUUAAAGAGCAGACUAGACUUCUCAAGGCCAGUAUCCCAUUCUCCGUGGUCGGGUCCAAUCAGUUGAUCGAAGCCAAGGGCAAGAAGGUCAGAGGCCGUCUCUACCCGUGGGGCGUUGUGGAGGUGGAGAACCCGGAGCACAAUGACUUUCUGAAGCUGCGGACGAUGCUCAUCACCCACAUGCAGGAUCUCCAGGAGGUGACCCAGGACCUGCAUUAUGAAAACUUCCGUUCCGAGAGGCUCAAAAGAGGUGGCAGAAAAGUGGACAAUGAGGACAUGAAUAAAGACCAGAUCCUGCUGGAGAAGGAAGCUGAGCUCCGCCGCAUGCAGGAGAUGAUCGCCAGGAUGCAGGCGCAGAUGCAGCUGCAGCUGCAGGGCGGGGACGGCGACGGUGGGGCCCACGGGCACCACGUGUAAGAAAACACAUUGCAAGGUGAAGAAAACAUUCCGCAUGAGUAAUACAGCUGCGUGUUUCCGACAGAUUAUUGGAGGGGUGCCCGUCCACAUUUUUCAGUACCUGUGCCUGAGAAUUUAAUUUUUUUUUUUAAACUUUUGAUGUUUUGUAUGAAGUACUUUUAACAUUUGUAAUUUUGUUGCUAUGUUAUACUUCAUAUUUCGUGAGGUGAACCUUUCAUUUUUAUCUUUCUUCCACCUUAACUAACCACUAAUGUUGGAACUGAUUUCCGGGGUCAGUUAGAAUGUGUAGUUAACAUUGAAUUUCUUUGGUUUGGCUGGCCUAACUGACUAAUGGUUGAGGAGCACUCUUGAUUCAUUUCUAGAACAUUCAGAUCGAGCCAGCAGUGUUCCUGGGUGGUGGCAACGUAGACCCAGCAAGUGAUCUGGAAAGAUGAGCUGGCCUGCAGUAGGGCAUUUACAACACCUAAAACCAGUUUUGCUGCUGUAAUUCGAUACUGUUCAUUCAUCUGCACAUUCACCUUUCUACCACUUGAAACAAUAGAAUUAUCUAAUGUGAUAUGUGCAUACUCAGCUCCUUUAAAAACAGGCCAUUAGGAGCAAAUUUUAAGAUUUCUCUGGAUUCUGAUGCUACAUUUUUUAAACUGCUCUGCAGAGAACCUGCCACAAGCCACGUUUUGUAGUGUUCUUCACUUGAUACUGGUUUAUACUCUGCUGUGGACAGAAGGUGUCCAUGAACUCCAGUUUUCAUGUUACAGUGAUGACUCUUAACGCACACAUAGCCAAUAAACGAUUUUUACUCAACAUAAAAAGUUACUUUUUAAGGAAAAUUAGUAAGUUGAUACAUUUAGAAACCAACUUUUUUAUAUUUUUGUACUGCACUUUAAUGUGUUUUCUGUAACUGCAAGUAAGAUCUGCCUGAGCAGUGGAAAUCGGGGUCCUCUGGUGGGUAGGCCUCUGAACCCCCAGACCUGUCAUGGGCCCUGAGGCUCAUGGCCCCAUGAAGCCUCAGUGCCUACCAGGUUUUCUUGAUUUGGCUUUUCUUUUGUUUCCUUGAAGUUUUUUUAAUGGUUUUCUGAAAGCCAAAGAGCAGAUCAUUUUUUUUUUUUAAUGUGCAGACUGUUGUCCGUUUUCAGCCACUGUCAUUUCCAUCGUUCUGUGUAAUACCAAUUUCCCCAUGUACCGAGUAAGACUGAAAGACAUUUCAGAUGUGCACCACAAUCUGACUGGUAGAUGCCACCGGUCAGGUCCGUUUUCUGUGCUCUGUGGCCUUGGCCCUUCCAUUCCCUCCUAGUGUGUCCCCCUGUCAUGUGCUCCGAGGGGCGCCGAUGCUCCCGGCAUGCUGUUUUCAACAUUUAUACUGACAUUGGGAAAGCAGUUCCCAGAAAGAGAGGGUGGAAGGAGACCUGGAGGGAGCAGGUGCGGCUUCAGUGUUUUCAUUUUGCUGUAACAGGGGUUAAGAUGCAGAAAUCACUUCCUCUGAGUAGGAGAAGAGUUUUUGUUUUGGCCAGACACAAUAUGGUGACAUGGUCAAAAUAUAAUCACUCCAAAGGUGUAUUAUGGAAAAUAAUCGGGUGUUCUCAACAACUUUGCCUUUUCACUGUCAUUUAAUGGUGAGUAGUCACAAGCUGUUAGGUUUAGGCACGUUGUACCGAGUUUUUACCAGGGGAAAGUGCUCUAAAGAGCGCGUCCGUGCAAGGCCAAUUGUUUGGGUUAUUUUGGCAUGAACUACACUAGUAAAAGCUGUUUAAAGGGUGGAGCUGGGGGCACAUGUGCAAGUGGUCAGUGCAAGCCCUGUGUCUGCUUGAGUAAGACUACUAGGGCCAGCUGCCAUCCCAUAAGGCUUCUGCGGGGGCAGGUGGGGGCAGGUGGGCCUACAUUGUCUCCCCUCUAAAUCCCCUUUUGUUGUGCUGCCCAAUUCUAAAUAAAUACUUUCACUAUAGAUAAUUGCUUUUACUAAGAGAUAGUCUUUACCUAUAGAAGUGUAUUUUGAAAACUUACUUUACAUAGCAAUUUUGUAUCCAUUGAAACUAACCUUUUAUCAAUAAAGCACUAUUGUUUGGCUAUGAA